AUGGGAAACGCUUUCUUCUUCUUCCUCCUCCUCCUUGUGUUGAAUCUGAGUAACUUUGCUGUUACAGAAGCGGCGGCGCCGCCACUUUCAUCCAGAGGAGGAUGCACCGAUCAGCUAAUUCUAUUCUCUCCGUGUCUUUCUUACGUCUCGUCUCCUCCAAACAACCUAACGGAGACAGCUUCAACCAAAUGCUGCAAGGCUUUCUCGUCGUCGUUCGCACCGAACUCCCUCUGUUUCUGCCAUCUCCUCCGUGACAAUCACAUCCUCGGCUUCCCUAUGAACUCCACAAGGCUUCUUUCACUCUCCUCCCUCUGUCUUUCGCCCCCACCAACCGUUUCUUCUCUCAAUUUUCUUUGCGGAGAAACACCUACUCUUCCUCCUCUCGGUAGCGCUGAUAUUUUAAAGAAUCCCAACAAUUCUUCAGUAACAGAAAUAUGA